UAAAAUUGUGAAAAGACAAGAUUCCAGUCGUUGGUCCGCUGCUGCUAUUUGGCCUGUCGCUCGUCCCAACCAAUUCCGCUCCACCGCUUGUCUCGGCCGCCCGCCGCCGCCGCCGCCUUAUCGGAGGACAGUCUAUAUUCUGCACAGAAACUGGAGGACAAGCGUUUCUUCUGGACGCUAAACAAGUUAGACUGUUAUAGUAGGUGUUGAUCGGAGAAAUAUCAGCGCGGAUUGGUCUGAAUUCACUCAAUUCAGUUGAAAUAUUUAGUCGAGGCUUGUUCUUAUGGAUAAUCAUUUUUGGCGCUUGGGUUAUCUAGUUAUUGAUUCCUGGAAUUUCUUUUGAAUUAGAAGUUCUAUUUCUUGGUUCAUUCAAGAAACUCAGCAUGCAGAAGAGUGGGAGUCUAUACAAGAAUAGUUCUCUGAGAAUUGCAACUCAGCAAUCACUUCGUCGUCUGGGUUUGUGUUCCCCAACCGCAACGGGUCAACAAACAUCACCAAUUGUGUUCCCUGAAAAACGCAAUAGUCGAGGGAAGGCUGCGAAACAUGGUGCAAACACUGUGAAUGAUAGUGAUCUUAAUAUAACUAAAAGGGAGGAACAUAAGAUUGAUGUUGCGGAUGAGCAGUCUGAUUUACUGGGAUAUGAGGUUUUUUCUGGUAAACUAUCCCUUGAAAAAAGCAAAUCUACCAAGAAUUCUGAGUUACAAACUGCAGAUGUCAACUUGAAUGCUGUAGAUGCUAAACUGACCUCAAAGGCUUUAAUUUGGGGUUCUAAAAUGUUGCUUCUAGAUGAUAUUGUAUCGCUGUCCUGCUGUGUUGGUGUUAGACAUUUUACUGUGCAUGCAUAUCCCUUACAAAAGACUGGUUGUGGACUUUUUAAGAAAUCUGGAAGAGUUCAGAAAGACUUCCGUUUUUUCUCAUUGACAGCAGAAGAUGCAAUUCAAUGGGUCAAUGCAUUUGCAGAUCAGCAGUGCUAUGUGAACAUCCUGCCUCACCCUCUGGCCUCUAAGAAGCAGAAUACAGACACAAUGUUGAAUGAGUUUCCAGCUGAGUCAUAUAUAAGAUGUAAAAGACCACCCAAAAUGCUUGUUAUUUUGAACCCUCGUUCCGGGCGCGGUCGUUCGAGCAAAGUUUUUCAUGGAUUUGUUGAACCUAUAUUCAAACUUGCUGGAUUUCAGUUAGAGGUUGUCAAGACAACAUCUGCGGGUCAUGCGAGAAAACUUGUUGCUAGUAUUGAUUUCAGUUCUUGUCCUGAUGGUAUUAUAUGUGUUGGGGGUGAUGGAAUUAUAAACGAGGUGUUGAACGGUUUACUCAGUAGAGACAACCAGAAAGAAGCAAUUUCAAUCCCAAUUGGAAUCAUUCCCGCUGGUUCUGAUAAUUCUUUAGUUUGGACAGUUCUUGGAGUUAGAGAUCCAGUUUCAGCAGCAUUAACAAUAGUGAAGGGUGGCCUUACUCCCACUGAUGUCUUUGCUGUGGAGUGGAUCCAUACUGGAGCAAUUCACUUCGGCACAACUGUUACAUACUUUGGUUUUAUUAGCGAUGUGUUGGAGCUUUCUGAGAAAUAUCAGAAACGAUUUGGCCCUCUCCGGUAUUUUGUUGCUGGUUUUCUGAAAUUUCUGUGCUUGCCCAAGUACAGUUAUGAAGUAGAAUACCUUCCAGCACGCAGAGAAGCUGGAGAUGGAAAUAUUUCUGCAGAUCAGGAAGUUAUGGAUAUGUCAGAGCUCUACACUGAUAUCAUGCGGAGAUCAAGCAAGGAAGGCCUCCCACGAGCAUCCAGUCUGUCAAGUAUUGAUUCAGUAUUGACCCCAAGCCAAAUGUCUGCAGUUGAUUUUGUUAACACAUUUAGUAGUGCUGAACCAUCAGAAUUUGUGCGAGCCAUUGAUGCCAAAUCAAAACGACUAUCAGCUGGAAGAAGCAAUGUGAUCUCUGAGCCAGAAGUUAUCCACCAACAAUCGUCACACUCAGUUACUCCUAACAUGCCCCGGACUAGAUCUAAGUCAAGGGCGGAUAAAGGUUGGACUGGAUUAACUACGGCAAAUGAUCCUGCCAGGCCUUCAUGGAGAAACCCUACAUCAUAUGAUAAAGAAGAUAUCUCCUCGACAUUGUCAGACCCUGGGCCAAUUUGGGAUUCUGAACCAAGAUGGGAUGCUGAGCCUAACUGGAAUGUGGAAAAUCCUGUUGAGUUGCCAGCUCCAUCAGAGGAAUCUGAAGCUGGUGAUAAAAAAGAGAUUUCGCCAAGAUCUGAAGAAAAAUGGGUGGUCAGUAAAGGCCAAUUUCUUGGUGUCUUGGUAUGCAAUCAUUCGUGUAGAACCGUACAGAGCCUGAGUUCGCAGGUGUUAGCUCCGAAAGCAGAGCACGAUGACAACACCUUGGACCUUUUGCUGGUCCGUAAAAGUGGACGUCUCAAGCUGCUGCGAUUCUUAUUGGAUCUGCAGAGAGGCCGGCACGUUUCCUUGCCAUAUGUUGAAUACGUUAAGGUAAAGUCGGUAAAGGUUAAACCAGGAAAGCACACAGAAGUUGGAUGUGGCAUCGAUGGUGAGCUAUUCCCAGUAAACGGGCAAGUGAUGUGUUCAUUACUACCCGACCAAUGCAGGCUUAUUGGCCGCUCACAUAAAAAAUGAUCGGUGAAGCUUAUGAUAUGCUCAAGGAUUCCUUGCGGGCAAUCAAAUAUUGAAAGGGUACGAUUUCCAUUCCCUUUCUCCGGUUCUUGCUUCUGCCACAUGGUUUUAUUGUAGAAUAUGUUAGAUUCCUGUAUAUUUUUUGUCACCUUCAUUCUUUCUAAAUUAAGUUGGCGCGGUUUACACACAUGUGCACUCAUGUCGAAUCUAGUCAUUCCUCUGAAUCCUUUUAUCCAGCGUUAUUAUUGUAUAUGGCUGCCACUCGAAGCGAAUCUUAUGUAUAUUCGUUGCUAUGUCCACCACAUCGUCUGAUGAGAGGAUGUGGUUGGUCGAAGUAGAGCCCCUGUGUGAGUCUGAUAUUUGAAUCGCAUGUA